UAAGAUUUUGCGAGGUCAUACACGGCCAGGCCGGUAUGCCACACAAGCCCCGGCAAGUCGCACGCAUACAAGCCGCAGUACGUGCAUCACAAUUUAUUUUGUACAGUGCUUCAGUACCAGUCAUCAUCGUCGAUCCGCUCCUCGUCCUCGACGUCAGACCGUUGUCGUGGUCAUCGUCGUGGUCGGUGGCGUCGGGGAAGGCACUCGCAAGGCAGGGCUCUUCUGUUCAAGGUUCCGCACCGAGCUUACCGCGGAGAGAUUCACGUGCGGUCGCAGACGCGGCAGCUGUGCCCGAAAUCUAUGCCGAGGAAUUCGCUCUGGAAUCUGCCGUACGCAUCCCCCGGCUGGCUUGACGCUGGAAGUGUUCGAGCAGUCGCAGGCCGCGUUCUCGGCGACGUCGAGCGCUGACUUUCACCUUCCUUGGACUCGGGAUCCUCAACUCGGCGGCGAUCUCGCUUGGCGGCUCCCUUCCUGGCAUAACUUGCACUACAGACUCGUACGACGCUUCCAAGACAAAGGCCGUGCAAAGCGACAAGAUCGUAAAUCUCGGCGCUGCUGGGCGCCUUUUGUUCCCGGUGCACGACCGGCCUGCGAUAUAAGCGGUGGUCCCACCCUCAACAAGCUGGCCUGAACGCAGCAGCUGAAGGAACGAGACCCCCGACGAGCCUGCGGCAAACAUGAAGCUCGCCGUGGUAGUUUUGGUCACCCUGGUCGCACUGACGGUGGCCCAUAAAGACAAGGCAAAACACGGCAAGGGAAAAGCAAAAGUGGUGAUUGUGGAUGCGUACCCGGAAAGGCGACCUGUGUACGACUACCCAGCUCCUCGGCCGUCGUACGACUACGGGCCGACCUACGCCGAAUAUGUGGAAGUCCCUCUGAAGGUAAAAAAAAAAAAGCCCAAGAAGGCGAAGAAGCAGAAAGUCACCAUUGUCCAAGCAAGACCGGCGUAUGACUACUACGACUACGGAAAUUCUUAUAAUAACUACGAUGACUACGAAGUUGUGCCUAAAAUCAAGAAGACCAAGCACGUCAAGAAGACCUACCGGCAAUACCGGGAGCCUGUCUACUACGAUGAGCCCAAGAAAGAUCUUCACAUCAAAGUAAUAAAUGAGAAGGCUGAAAAAGGUUCACUUCGCUCGCUGUCAUCACUCGCAGCGCUGUUCAAACAGGGCGUCCCAGAUUACGAGACUUGUGCAACUCCACUCCCGCUCCACGUCAACUGGAACAUGGUCUAA